AAGCACAAACUUAACAAGAUGCCUUUCCAAAAAGUUUUCAAGACCUCCGCUUACCACUCCCGUUUCCAAACUCCUUUCCGUAGAAGACAAGAAGGUAAGACCGACUACUACCAAAGAAAGAGAUUGGUCACCCAACACAAGGCUAAGUACAACACUCCAAAGUACAGAUUAGUUGUUAGAUUCACCAACAAGGACAUCAUUGCCCAAAUUGUUUCCGCUCAAAUCACCGGUGAUGUUGUCUUAACUGCUGCUUACGCCCACGAAUUACCAAGAUACGGUAUCAAGCACGGUUUAACCAACUGGUCUGCUGCUUACGCUGUUGGUUUAUUAGUUGCCAGAAGAGCCUUGCAAAAGUUAGGUUUGGAUGAAACUUACCAAGGUGUCGAAGAAGUUGAAGGUGAAUUCGAAUUAACCGAAGCUGUCGAAGACGGUCCAAGACCAUUCAAGGUUUUCCUUGAUAUCGGUUUACAAAGAACCACCACUGGUGCCAAGGUUUUCGGUGUCUUGAAGGGUGCUUCUGACGGUGGUUUAUACGUUCCACACUCUCCAAACAGAUUCCCAGGUUGGGAUAUCGAAGCUGAAGAAUUAGAUGCUGAAUUAUUGAGAAAGUACAUCUUCGGUGGUCACGUUGCUGAAUACAUUGAAGAAUUGAUGGAUGAUGAUGAAGAAAAGUUCAAGACCAUCUUCAAGUCUUACAUUGAAGAUGAAAUUGAAGCUGAAGAUAUCGAAGAAAUCUACGCUAACGCUCACCAAGCUAUCAGAGAUGACCCAUCUUUCAAGCCAACUGAAAAGAAGUUCACCAAGGAACAAUACGCUGCUGAAUCCAAGAAGUUCAGACAAGUUAAGUUGACCAAGGAAGAAAGACAAGCUAAGAUCGCCAAGAAGAUUGCUGAAUUCCAAGCUGCUAACUAAAUUUAGUGUUUUACGUUUGUAUAAUUUGUUUAUAACAUAAACGAAAGAUUCUAAUUUAAAAUAAUUAAACUGACUCUAACUAUGAUGAUGGUGACUAUGAUGGUGCUUCUUAUCCCGCACCCUCUUUUCCGCAUCGUUUAACAACUUAUCGUAAACUUCAUCGACUUUAGGAUCAACGGCUGUAUCCUCAUCAGUUCCUUUAGAUGAGCUGCCACUGGUGUUAAUCGUAUCCUUAUCAUCGUCGUGAGAUUGAACAGUCGUCAAUUUUGAAUCUUCUGAAUCCAUAACGGCACCUUCUUCAGGAAUCAACUUCUCCAAGGUAAUACGAUUAGUUUGAAUCUUGUCAAUCAAUUCCGUAACAUUUCUAAUCCCCUUGGCGCCCAUAAUUGCUUGACGUAAUUCAGAACCCGAUGGUAAUCCACUAAGCAAGGGGAACUCGCUCUUUUUAUCAUUGAGUUUAUCCGAUUUAGGCGAUGAUGGUUCUUCAUUUUCUCUCAGCUGCAAGAAUGCCCCUAAUCUAAGGAAAUCACCUUCUUCCAACUCUUGCUCUUUUGCAUACAACGAAGUCUGACUUAAUGAGCGGAGCAAUACCGGUCUUCCGGUGGUCUUAUCAACGGCAACGUCUUUACCACCGUCCGAUUCCACCACGACUUGGUGAGGAUGCAAGUUUUGAUCAUUGCUCAUUAAUGCUGACGAGAAGUAGUCCUGUUGUUGCGAAUUGAUAUUAUGCGCCGACAAGAUUGGUCCCGAGGUAAGUAAUUCUGAAGAACUUUCAUGCAAAUGCAACCCAGUGAGUGUAGCCAACCUCCAUCCACUUCCCACACGAGAUAGCGGUGGUGUUUCCACACGAGGUGGCUGUUCCGAAGUUGGUGUCACUGCCAUACUAACGGUGCCAUGUUCCUCAAACAUGUGAACUAAUUUCUCAAGCGAUGCAUCGAGGAGACAAAAUCUGACUAGGGUUUCCUUACCUUCAAACGAAAGUGUACCGGCUUUUCUUAGUUCAAAUAAUUUAUCAAUAGUGGCAUGAAUGUCCUUUCUGAUUGCUCUUGUUCUUUCCAUGAUUGUUUCGGUAAUAAUUUGUUGAAUCUUGGCGUCUUCUUCUUGUUUCCCCUUGUCCACUUCCAUCAACAACUUCUCUGCAGUUUCCAUUAAUAAAGAUCCAUCAAACAUUAAAUCUUCUUGGUCAAUUUCGGCCGUGCCUUCAAAGUAUUCUGGUUUGAGUGAUGUAUCCAUGUUUCUCAUCAAAUAGAAGGCUAUUCUUGAUGCUAAAUCUUCCGAAACCAAAUCAUAAUCUAAAUCUAACGCAUGUAACGU